AUUCAACGAGGCCUUCGUUUAUAUGAACAGCAUAAUCAAAAUGCUGCAGUUCGUAUUUGGCGGAGUGCUUUGAAAGCAACAAAUCGUCGUGAAGAUUGUUUUCAAUUGCUUGGUUAUCUCUACCAAGCACAUAUGGACUGGGGUAAAUAUCGCGAGGCAAUAGAGUUCGGACAUCGGCAAUUGGGAAUAUCCGAGGAAUUAGACUCGCCUAUAAUGAGGACGGAAACUUAUUUGAAUUUAGCGAGAGCUCACGAACGAUUAGGUGGUCUGGAACGAGCACUCAGCUACGCAAGACAUUCGCUGUAUAAUGAUUGUGGUACCCAAUGUCGGACUGGUGGGAUAGUGCAUUUGACAGUGGCCCGAGUUUACUUAGAAAUGGGUGGGUUUUCGCGCGCACUUGAAGGUCUACAAGGUGCACACAAAAUAGCGACUUCUAUUGGUGAUCCAUCGCUUGAGUUGCAGGUAUAUGUCACGCUGUCUGAGUUGUUCGGUCGCUUGCAAGAUAAUGAUAAGAGUGCAAUGUAUGCUUCCAAAGCCUAUGAUUUAUCUCGGUCAUUGCUGCUUGGCGAUCUUAACUCGUCACAUCAUCGGGCUGCGCUGUUACGCAUGGCGGCCAGUCUACGAAAGCAGGGAGAUCUAGGGGAUGCCCACGAUUACUGCAUGGAAGCUACACGACUUGCAUUAAUUUCUGGAGAUCAAGCGACAUACACUCGUACCUUGCGAGUUAUGGGCGAUAUUUAUCGCAAAAAGGUCGAUAUGGAUCGUGCUUUUCGACAAUACGAGGAAGCUAUGGGAACAUCUGCCGCAGUUGGGGAUCGGAUGGCACAAAUGGAAGCAAUGGAUGGGGCGGCGCGCUGCUUGGAAGCUCUUCGGUUACAGCAAAAGAUUUGCAAUUGUCGGCCUCUUGAAUUCAAUACGCGUCUUUUGGAGGUGGCAAGCUCGAUUGGCUCCAAGCUUUUGGUUCGAAGAAUACGUAGUCGCCUGGCUCUAAUAUAUCGUGCUCUAGGAGAUGAGGAGCAGUACAAAACCCAAUUGCGUUUGGCCGGCCAAACUGAUGCAGCGCUCGGACUAUUUUGUGGUGCAUGCGGUGAAACUUUUGGACUAGAGCCAGAUUCUAUAGAAGCAUUGCCAUGCGCCCACAUCCUACAUGCCCGCUGCGCACAUGAGCUUUUUCGGCGCAGAGAAAACGGUGCGUCGCGUUCUUGCCCAGCGUGUAAUAAGCUUUUGACAUCACGAAUACAUCUAUGUAGUAGUGAAAGCGCUACAAAAGCUAGUGGCGGAUCCAGCUGUAAUGAACCCAACAUCUUUGGAUUGAAGGGAAAUACUGCUGAUGGUUUAUUGUCACUCGACACUGUCGAUAUNAUUAACAUUUAA